AUGGGCGAUACGAACUUUGUAGCCGAUCCAGCAACAGGACGAACUUAUUGCAUCGGAGGCUGCUUAUUCAAUGGCAAUCCAUCAGAUCUUCCGAAGUUUGGAGCUUCAAACUUUCUAUCAGAUAAAAAACUGCCUAAAACAGUUGAUCUAAGAACACAUAUGACCAAAAUUGAAGAUCAAGGGCAAUGUAACUCUUGUGUUGGCAAUGCAUUAGCAGGUGCAUAUGAGUUCUUAAUAAAGAAACGUACUGGCAAAACGGUCGAUGUUAGUCGUCUAUUUAUUUAUUACAACAGCCGUCGUGAAGACGGACUUCAAGAGUACAAUAUGGCAGAUCAGGGUACUUCUAUUCGAAGUGCCAUUGAAGCCUUGAAAAAGCAAGGUUGCUGCAAGGAAAAUUUGUAUAAAUAUGAUGUUAAAGCCGUUAACGCCAAGCCGUCAAGUCACUGUUAUGAAGAAGCUAGAAAAUAUCCUAUAACAGACGCUAUGAGCUUGCGAUUAGAUUUAAAUGAAAUGAAAACAUGUCUGGCUGAAGGAUAUCCAUUUGCAUUUGGUCUUUAUGUAUAUCAAUCGUUUAUGCAAUUCGCAACCCUUAAUAAAGGAUACAUACCAAUGCCAAAAUCACAUGAAAUUUCGCAUGGUGGGCAUGCGAUGCUGGCGGCGGGAUACAGUGAUGAAAAACAAUGUUUCAUAGUUAGAAACUCAUUUGGUGAGGAUUGGGUGAGUCUAGCUUCAGUUUCGGAGGUUUUUUAA